AUGAGAGGCCCCGUGCCGCAGCUGCUGCGCUGUCUUUUCCUCUUGCUGUUAUUGCUGCUGCUGCAGCAGCACAGUCCUGCUGGCUGCAGGUCCUUGAAGCGCAGUAGACUGAAGAAUGUGCCGUCUCCCUUGUCAAACGGGGCAGCAGCAGCCGCAGCAACAACAGCAGCAGCAAAGGCAGCAGCAAAAUCAGCAGCAGCAGCAGCAGCAACCACGGCAGCAGCGCGGCCACGCGUUUCGCCUGCUCGGCAAUGCUGCUUUCUGUCCGAAGCAGCAGCAGCUGGCGGAGCAGCAGUGCAGUGUUCCCGUACCGACGGUCGCCCGCUCAGCACCCGCAGCAGCAGCAGCAGCAGCCGCAGCAGCAGCAGCAGCCGCAGCAGCAGCAGCAGCUUGCAUGCGUUUGGAAUUCCGCUGUUCGACGACGGGCCCGCCCGCGGCCGCAGGGCCUCUGUGGACUUCGCCUACGAAAUUGGCCAGCAGCAGCCCAACAUUGCCUUUGAGUACCAGACGGCCAAUUUGCUGUCGCAGAGAGUGCUCUUUGACCAGCGCGAGGGCUCUUUGGUCUUCAUAGAAGAGGAGGGGCUUGGGAGAGCAGCAGAUACAAAAAUGACUGCAGAAGAAGCAGCAGGGGGCACUCGAAUAGACCCGAACGAAGUGAAGAAGAUAGAGAACGUCUUGCCUACUUUCACCAGACCAGACGGCAGCGGUAUCCUGCGGCUGCUGUCUGCAUGCGACGGCCAAUUCGCAUUUGUCUUUCAAGGCCCCCUGCAGCACCGCCUGGGGGUGAAGGAAUGGGCCAGGUACAUGAUAACUUCAGUGUACCCCGAAGCCCAAGUGAAGUUCAUAACAGAGCACUACGCGGACCCCGAUGAUCGACCAGGGUGCCUUAAAGGGUUUAUUCCCGACGAGGAAGUUUCAGAGUACCGCAAGGCAAUCCGCUGGCGCCAUCCUCGGCUGUACCACCACGAGGAAGGAAAACCCUUGCCAGAAGGACACAUCAGAGCCCCUCAGCCAAUACCCUGA